AUGUCUGCAAAUCAAGCCCAUCACGAUCCCGAAUCCGAACCUGCCAGUGAAACCACCACUCUUCUCCCCACCGAUUCUCCUCAACAAAACACACCCAAAAUGAGCAGCACCCUCUUCUGGAGAGUCGGGGCCAUCUACGGCGCCGCCGCCGUCGGUCUUGGCGCCUUUGGUGCUCACGGGCUCAAGAAGCGCAUUUCUGAUCCCAACAAGAUUGCCAGUUGGUCGACGGCUGCUCACUACCAGCUGGUCCACUCGGCCGUCGUCCUCCUCGCGAGUCAUCACCCCGUCGCUUCCGCCCUCUUCACCGCAGGCAUGACCAUGUUCAGCGGCAGUAUCUAUGCUUUGACCCUUGAUACCGAGCGCUUCAGGUUCUUGGGCCCUGUGACGCCGGUCGGAGGACUGUUUCUGAUUGCGGGCUGGUUGGCGCUGGCUUUUGCGUCCAAGGGGAGUGCGGUGGCUAGGUUUCCGCGUUUCUAG